GUAUUUCAAGUUGUGUGCAUGCUUUCUGAUCAGGCGGUCUGCCCCCCUACGUGGACGUGCACACUGAACGACGCCUACUAUGAUGAUCUCUUUUUAGCUGUAGGUAUGACCCAUGUAUUUUUUUCGCCUAUCUUUUGGCUUGCGCGACGUUCUCUCGCAUUAUACUGCUUGUGUGACCUGUCCCUUGCAGCUUGCGCCGCAGUUUCUCGAGCUUCGCAUGCAGCGUUGGAGUUUGUUGCUCCUAUGGUAUUUGUAUAUAAUGCAUGCAUUUUCCGAAGACCUGUGUGCGCCCCUUAACCAGCCUGUCUUGCCAGCGUGCGCCUUUAUACAGCUACAUGAUGCGGAGAGACUCGACCGUAUGCGAGGAGACAUGGAGAGGAACAGCAUUAUUGUACAUCGACCGAAACCUCAUGAUCCCCUGAACAGAACAGUGAUGUGUCUUGCAGUAGAUGGUCUGUAUGGUGAUGCGAUGCUAUCAUGCAGGGUUUGUUGAGGCUACGGCAACGGAUUUCGCGUCUGCCCACGGUGAUGGCUCACCAGGCAAGUAAUCUGCCGUACGCAUCAGAGGGUAGACGUAAUCGCCAACCU